AAUGCGUCUGAAAGUGCGAGUUUGAUGGUCAGUAUUUUUGGUGCUGGAAUCCUUCUUGAUUUUGGAACCAUCUAGGGGUUUUUUCUCCACAGGAUUUAUUGCUUGCAUUACUCUAGAAGCACAAACCAUAAAUGACGGCUAACACAUCUUUUGUUCCAAUGAUGUUGCAGAGCAAAUUUGAGCAGGAGAAAAAAGGGGUACAGCCAAAGUUGCAUCUCAAAGUAAUGUGAUCCAGUGCAAAGGCAGCAUUUACCACGGUACUAGCCCAUCCUAUGGACACCUUAGGACUGAAGUCAAUGGCCAGCCCUGAGAUGAACGGAAGACUGCGUCGUGACCAGCAAACACUGCCUUUGAGCACCAAGCGAGACUUGGUUAGAUUCCAAGACGGUGAUAAGAAUGCGCUGUGAGGCGGCGGGCGACGAUGGUGAGACAUUAGCUAUUACGUUAUCUUGUUUACAUUCUCAUAUGCAUUACAGGGUAUGGUUAUUGAAGAUUCGGUCAUUUAGUAAACCAUCUUGUGCUUGGUUUUAUGUUGUGUGGUUAAAUUUGCCCGUGUCAGUAUAGUGUAGUCAGUUUUAAUUAUGUUGUUUCGACACCAAGACCCUCCUAGGGCCAUUCAUAUUGCUUUAUGAGAUUUAAAUCAUUGGAUGUCGUUUGCGGAUCUGCUAUCAAUCAAUGUUCCGAACCCAUAUCCAUGUAAUUAUAGAUUGCACACGCGUGCAAUCCACCAUCACCAUGUUUUCGACUGGGGAUACUUGCUUUUCCCCUUCGAGGCUGGAGGGGACUUUGACCUCUCACCCGCUACCCUUAUGCGGGAGUCAAGGUCCCAGGUGGACUGGGGCUCUGUUGAUCUUCUCCAUGGGGAUGAAUCUUUUCUGGUGGGUUCAACAGUAGAAUAGGCCAAGUAUCUCAUGCAAUGCAAGCAAGACUUGAAAACAGUAGACGAGUCCCUGGCGACAAGGCCAGGCAUCUCAUGCAUAAUCCGGCGUACGAUCCAAUUGAUGUGUAAUAAUCCGAAUCCAAAUUGGUUCAAGCGGCUAUGACCAAAGCGGCGUGUAACGAUCCAAUAAAUCCAAACUUCAGUGCAGCACGGGUCUCAAGCGACGACCUGACCCAGGCUACGCCUACAGCUUGGAUCGAGUUGGUUCUGGCAGAGAUGCCUCCCCAUCCCCACCGCCUCUUCUUCUUGUGGGACGGGACGCAAAAGCGGCAGCUGUGCCUUGCAAAGAAAGGAAGCACGGGGGAUGAUGAUGAUGAUGAUGAUGAUGAUGGAACAGCGGCUGGCGGGAGCGACAACAGCCAAGGACAAGGACAAGAAUGCCCCUAUUCUCCUUUCCUCCUCCUCCUCCUCCUCUUCAUCGGAGGACGGAGGAGGAGGAGGAGGAGGGAAAGAGGCGGCUUCUACCUCUCCUCCUAUUCCUACCAAGAAAAAGCACAGAAAGGCGGGGAUAGAGGAGGAGGAGAAGAAGAAAAAGAAGAAGAGGGAGAGGAGGAGUAGAGAAGGGGAUGAGGAGGAGGCGCCCAAGAAGAGGAAGAUGAAGAAGAAGAACAAGGAGGACGACAAGGGCAAGAAGAUGGACGCCUCGUGCAGCUUCCCGAUGAGCCGAGUGUGGCGCCUCGUCCGGAGUGAGGGCGGCGCCGCCACGAAUACUCGUACUACCCCCGAUGCCGUCUUCCUCAUCAACAAGGCCUCCGAGAUGUUUCUAGAAAAAUUUGCUGAGGAUGCUUAUGCCACUGCCGUGCAGGAACGUAAAAAGUCUAUUGCCUACAAACACCUCU